AUGGCAGAUGGUAUACCACAGCUACACUCCAGAGGAGAAGGUGCAGGUGACCGCAGCGGAAAAGGCAUGCGACCCCAUGCCCCCCUCUGCAUGGUAUACUGCAGCUACACUCCAGAGGAGAAGGUGCAGGUGACCGCAGCGGAGAAGGCACGCGACCCCAAGGUGCGCGACUGCGCACUCUCCCCUGAUGCCACCGAGCGUGCCUUUGCCACCGCCCUCCUCUCCGCCCGCCACCGCAAGCUCGCCGCCGCCACCUCUGCCUCUCAAGGCAAGCUCGCUGUCCGCUGCUCAGCCCAGUCUGGUGAGGGGGAUGGUGGGGCGGAGGGUGAGGGGCAUGGGAGUGUGUUGGGGGGAGGGGAAGGUUGUGGAGGGAGUGGGAAGGGGGAGAAGAGUGGAGGGGUUAGCUGGUGGUGGUCGUGGUUGUCGUGGUUGCUUGGUGGUGGUGGGAAGGCAGGGAGCGGAGCGGAUGGUGGUGGUGGUGCUUCUGGUGGUGAUGGGUCAGGUGGCGGCACCUGCAGUGGCUUUGCAGACGCAGCUGCUGCUGCUGUGGCUGAGGCUGCUGCUGCUGAGGCUGCUGCUGCUGAGGCUGCUGCUGCUGCUGCUGCUGCAGAGGAGGAGGAAACUGAGGAUGGGGAUGCGGAUGCUGAUUAUGGUGACGGCAGCAGCAGCAAAGCUAAGGAUGGUGGAGCGGUGGGGGGGAGGAGUAGCAACAGUGGCAGUAUUAGCCAAGCACUAAGUAGGCGGAUGAAAAAGGGUGAGGGCCAGAGCAGUGGGAAGUCCAUGUGGGGAUCACUCAAGGGGUGGACAGGCGGGCAGAAGGCAAAAACGAGGAGAAAGAGCGGUGAAGGGGGGUGGGACGUGGUGGCAGAUAAAAUGGUGGAGUCAGCAAGAGGGCGGGAGCUUAAGAGGAGCUUCCAGGUGUCUAGGGAGAGUAGGAGGGAGGGAGGAGGAGAGGAGUGGGAGGAUGAGGAUUGGGAGGAUGAGGAGGAGGAGAAUGAGGAGGAGGAGGAGGGGUCUCGUGUGGAAAACGGAGAGGAGGGUGAAAGAGGGAUGGAAGGGGGGGAGAAUGUGAGGGAGAGGGAUCUCCGAGGCGGUGGGCCUGGUGCAGGUUCAGAGGGGGGAGGUGAGGAGGAUGGAGAGGCAGAGAAAGAGCAGACGAGACAUUCCGAGCCCACGAUAGAGGGAUGUGCGCGGCAAGAGAGUUCAACGGAGGGUGGAGAUGGAAGUGGGGGAGAGAGAAUUGCAGGAGAAGGCAGAAUGAAUGGUGAGAUGAAGGCGGGUGAGGGAGAAGGUGCAGAAGGUGUGGCAGGUGCCAGUGGUGGUGCAGGGGCGGGUGGCAGGGACGGGCAGGGGAGGUGUGUGGGUGCGGUGUCGAGGAAGAGGGAGGUAAGGCGGCUGUUGCUGGGAGCAAUGCUGGCGCGGAGAGAUGGUCCCGAGGUUGCCCUCUCUCGCACUCCCUCUGCUCACACUGCUGAUGCUGCUGCUGCUGCUGCUGCUGCUGCUGCUGCUGGCGCUGCUGCUGCUGCUGCUGCUGCUGGCGCUGCUGCUGCUGCUUUUACUAAGGCUACUGAUGCUGGUGCUGCUGCUGAUGGUUCUGGCGCUGGUGAUGCUGGUGGUGAUGGUGGUGGUGGUGUGCGGAGUGGGCAUGGUGGGGAGGGCGGUGGGGUGGGAGUGAACAGCGGUGCUGGGUGGUGGGAUGCGGUGAUGGACGGUAUUGUGGAGUUGGUGGAAGAGCAAGAGCGAGAGCGAGAGCUCAAGCGUAGCAUGCAGGUGUCGAGGAGAUGGCGGUUUGGGGGUGUAGGAGGAGAGGAGGAUGGGGAGGAGUGCGAAGAAGAGGAGGGAAAAGAGGAGGAGGGGGAAGAGGAGGAUGGAGAAGAGGUGGGAGGAGGAGCGGAGGGCUCUUCUUGGCAGAAGGACAAGGAGGAAUCAGGAGGAGGUUUGGGCGAUGGGCAUGCGAGCAAGGUAGGUGGUGCAGUGAGAAAGAGGGAGCUCAGGAGCUUGCUGCUGGGGGCGCUGUUGGAGAGAAAGGACAGCCCGCGGGGACUACAGUCUAGUGUUGGCGCUGCUUCUGGUGAUGGUGGCAGUGGCAGUGCGACGGCUAUUGCUGCCGCAAGGGAUCGAAGAAUCUCCUCUUCCUCCACCGCUGCUGCAAGGGAUCGAAGAAUCUCCUCUUCCUCCACCGCUGCUGCAAGGGAUCGAAGAAUCUCCUCUUCCUCCACCGCUGCCGCAAGGGAUCGAAGAAUCUCCUCUUCCUCCACCGCUGCCGCAAGGGAUCGAAGAAUCUCCUCUUCCUCCACCGCUGCCGCAAGGGAUCGAAGAAUCUCCUCUUCCUCCACCGCUGCCGCAAGGGAUCGAAGAAUCUCCUCUUCCUCCACCGCUGCCGCAAGGGAUCGAAGAAUCUCCUCUUCCUCCACCGCUGCCGCAAGGGAUCGAAGAAUCUCCUCUUCCUCCACCGCUGCCGCAAGGGAUCGAAGAAUCUCCUCUUCCUCCACCGCUUUUGAGUCGGCCCUGUCAGGGAGUGCUACAAGGAGUGAUGUCUCUUCCUCUGCCACAGUGGGGAGUGUGAAUGCUGCUAAGCUUUCCAACGUGGUAGCUGCUGGGAGUGCUGCUGGGAGUGCUGCUGGGAGUGCUGCUGGCAGUGCUGCUGGCAGUGCUGCUGGGAGUGCUGCUGGGAGUGCUGCUGGCAGUGCUGCUGGGAGUGCUGUGGGGAGGAAGCCUUUAGGUGGGAUGGCAAGGGCCGUUGAUACGGGUCGAGCCUUCAGCCAGGCUUUAAGCAUCUUCGCGGAUAGGAAGAUGCCUGGAAAGGGGCUGGGAGGGAAGGGUCUUGCUGCUGUGAAGCGUGUGGGUGGUGGAGGGCACACGCGCAGUAAGACGGCUGGGGAGGCGAUUUGCCUGGAUGCAGAUGAAACGUUGGUGGAGAGAGAUGAAACGGUGGUGGUGGGAGAUGAAACGUUGGUGGUGGGAGAUGAAAUGGUGGUGGAGGGGGGUAAAUCGGUGCAGGAGGGAGAUGAAACGCGCGGGUGUGGCAGCGAUGGGAAGAGGGAGGUGACUUUUGAGUCGACUCAAAAGGUGCAUGGUGGAUUUGGUAGCAAGGCAAAGAGCUAUGCUGCUCUGGAAGAUGCACUUGCAGGAGAGAGGGCGAUGGAGGGAGAUGGGGAGGAGGGAGGUGGAGAGGAGGGAGAUGGUGAGGCUGAGUGUGAUACGGCAUGGGAAAUAUGUGUGCCUGUGACGAGUGUGCCUGUGGGUGGGAACGUGGGGGAGGGAGUGAGGGAGGGAGUGAGGGAGUGCAAGGAAGCGAAGGGAUACGGGCCAGGGGCGUGUGAUGAGGGCGGUGGUGAGAUUGGGAGGAGAGUCGAGAGCUCAGAGCUGGGUGGGUGCAGAGAGGUUAGUGGCGGUGCUGACUGUGCUGGGGCAAGGGAGCAGGUAGGAAGUGAUGCUGCGUUGAGAGAGGGGAGAGAGAGGUGUGGGGAGGAAAAGAGCAUUGGGGAGCGGGAGAGGUGUGGAGAGGGGACGGAUGAGCAUAUGAGGGAGGGCGGUGUAGGUGAGGGAAGGGGCGAGGAUGAUGUGAGGGAUGAGAGACAUGAGAGCGGGGAGAGAGGAGUGAGACAUGAAAGAGAGGAGAGCGCUGAAAGAGAUGAAAGAGGUGAAAGAGAUGAGGGAGACAAGCGAGCGGAGAGAGGGAUGGAGGAUGAAGAAGCGAGAGGGAGGUGUGAAGGAGAGGACAGAGGAGGGAGUGGGGGAGAGGGCAGCAUGAAUGAGUCGAUCAGAAGCCAUGCAGGUGAAUCAGCGGGGCUGGCAGAGACAGAGGAGAGCAGAGAAGGGGAGAGUGGAGAAGGGGAGAUUAGAGAAGGAGAGAGCAGAGGGGAGGAGAGCAGAGAAGGGAAUAGUAGAGAAGGGGAGAGGGGAGAGCAGAUCAGUUUGAGCAUGGAAAGAGCUUGUGCAGCUGAUGCGCUGCAUUCAUCGACUUCAUGCUCUGCAGUGUCGGGUGCUGCUAGCAGACAUGUUUCAGCGGGGAGCAAGGAAGGUAGGGAAUUUCCUGGCGGGAGAGAAGGAAUGGGGGGUGAUGACACAGCGAUGAGUGAAAGUGCAACUGACACGUGGCAUCAAGGAGAUGAAACUCUUGAGCAAGGAGAUGAAGCUUGGAGGGAGGGAGAUGUGCUUGUGGCAGCGGGGGCUGCGGACUGUGUGGGGGAGGUGGGGGUGAAGGGAGCAGCAGGGGCGGACACAGACUUUAUUGGCUCUUCCAGCCCUUAUGAGGACAUCCCAGGCGGGAAGGUUUUGAACAAAGGGAAGGGGAAGGGUGGAGCAUGGGCAUUUGCUGAGAAUGUCAAGAAUGUGGGGCGGGCGCUUAGAGGAAUGAAGGGCAGCACCAAGUGUGUAUACUCUCCGGAGGAGUUGCGGGAUCGGUUGGACGAUAGGCGAGAGGAGAUGGAGAGGAUGGCUGAGAUGGAGGGGAAGCGGGCAAAUGCAGAUAUGGAUUUGGAUUGA